AGUAGUUACAUGAGUACAGUUGUUACAUAGCUUUACAUUUAAGGUGGGUUUCCAACAGUGACUCUCAGCUUCAGCAGUGGGCGGCUCCCUUAAAACCACUCAUGUCACCUAAAGGGCCUGUGUCCUUAUGACUCAGGGGAAGAAGCUGCAGCCUCAUAGAGGGGGCAAUGUGUCAGCUGUUGCACUGCUCUAGGGUAGGAUUUCACAUGUACCAGUCUAACCUAUAAAUAGUCUGGCCAGUUGGAGUUCAGCUGAAGUGUUGGGACAGCUGAGGAAGUCAACUAAUCCAUUGGGUAGGGUUGAAUGCACCCAGCCUUGGACAAAGGCAGAGGCAUAGUAAGAGUAAGGGCAAGCCCAAAGGACUGUCCAGAACCUUCGGUGAGACAGUCCAAGACUUCGAGGAGCAAAUAUGGCUCUGCCUAUAGAUCCCAUGGAGGAGCCUCGGAUGUACCAGCAGACGUUGCUGCAGGAUGGCCUCUACGACCUGUUGGAAAACGACACCAUGGUGGACUGCAUACUGAAGAUUAAGGACAAGGAGUUCCCCUGCCACAGGCUGGUGCUGGCUGCCUGCAGCUCCUACUUCCGGGCUUUCUUCCAGUCUGGAGUGGAGGAGAGCAAGCAGAAAGAGAUUGUACUAGAAGAUGUUGAACCUGGGGUGAUGGGCAUGAUCCUCAAGUACCUCUACACUUCCAGCAUCAAUGUGACCGAGCAGAACGUGCAAGACAUCUUUGCCCUGGCUAACAUGCUCCAGAUUCCAUCCAUUUUCACUGUCUGUGUCUCCUUCUUGCAGAAGCGCCUGAGCUUGAGCAACUGCCUGGCCAUCUUCCGACUGGGCCUGAUGCUUGAUUGCCCAAGGCUGGCUGUAUCUGCCAGGAACUUCGCUUGUGAACGCUUCCAGCUGAUCUGCAAAGAUGAGGAGUUCCUGCAGCUCAAUCCCAAUGAGCUGGCAGCCAUCAUGGCUUCAGACUUGCUCAACGUGGAGAUGGAGCAGGCCGUGUUUGAGGCCCUGAUCAAGUGGGUGGCCCAUGACCAGGACAAGAGGCUGGACGAGCUUCCGGGUCUGCUGGACUGUGUGCGCUUCCGGCUACUCCCUCAGGACUACUUCUCUCAGAAGGUAGAGACGCAUGAGUGGCUACAAUCUAACCCGGAGAUUGCCAAGAAGCUGGAACUGGUCAAAGACGCCUAUGCCGGGAAGCUUCCGGAAGUCAAGAAGACCAAGAGCAAGAAAAGUGAGAGAAAGGAAAAUGAUGAGGGGAAGAAAGAUGGAGACGAAGAUGAAGAAGAAGAGCAGGAAGAGCUGCUUCCUGGAAUCCUGAAUGAUAACUUGAGGUUUGGUAUGUUCCUCAGAGACUUAAUAUUCAUGGUAAGUGACACUGGGUCCGUGGUUUAUGACCCUGCAGGAAACGACUGCUAUGUGGCGUCGCUGUCGACCCAGAUUCCAAAAAAUCACUGCAGCUUGGUUACCAAGGAGAACCAAAUCUUUGUGGCUGGAGGACUUUUCUUUAAUGAACACAGCAAAGAGGAACAACUGAGCUCAUACUUUUUGCAGUUUGACCCUGCGACUUCAGAUUGGCUGGGCAUGCCCCCUAUGCCCUCCCCACGCUUUCUGUUUGGCAUGGGCGAAGCAGAGAACUCCAUCUUUGUAAUUGGUGGGAAAGAGAUGAAGGAAGGAGAGCGCUCUUUGGAUUCAGUCCUGGUUUAUGACAGACUAUUUUUCAAAUGGGCAGAGUCAGUUCCACUCCCCUACCCAGUAUACGGCCACGGAACAGUGUCUCACAAUGGAGUUGUGUAUGUAAUAGGAGGAAAAGGGGACAGCAAACAGUGUUUGAAGAGAAUGUGCGCCUAUGAUAUAAAGAAGGGUGAAUGGAAGGAUCUGACUCCGAUGAAGAUGGCACGCUCACUAUUUGGCGUAACUGUUCACAAGGACAAGAUAUACGUGGCUGCAGGUGUAACAGAGAGCGGCCUUACCGGAGCCAUAGAAGUUUAUGACAUUGCAACAAACAAGUGGUCUGAUUUUGUGGAAUUCCCUCAGGAGAGAAGCUCCCUCAGUUUGAUCACAGUGGGUAAUGGCAUCUAUGCUGUGGGAGGCUUUGCAAUGAUUCCAAGUGAAGAUGAAGAGGAGCUCACACCCAGAGAGAUGAAUGAUAUAUGGAGGUAUGAUGAAGCGGAGAGGAAGUGGAAUGGCAUUCUGAGAGAAAUUCGCUACGCGUCUGGCGCAACAGUGCUGGGUGUCCGUCUCAACACUCUGAGACUCACUAAAAUGUGAGAAAAAACAGUGCUGAGACCAGCGGAGCACCAGUACUAAGAAACCAAACCAACAUUUUCCAUUUUUCCAUCAAUGUUUGCUGUUUUUAAUUCAGUGAAUGGCCAAUGUUAGAUCACGCAACAGUUGAUCUGUCCUUGCUUCACAAAUGCACUCUUUUGUAGCAACUGUUGAUAGAUUUGACAAGCUUUAAAGAAGUCUGGCAAAAAUCCCGUUCAAUGAGAAGCAAGUUUUUAGAUUUAGGCCCAAUCCCUUUUCACCCCUCGCCCCGCCACUUAGACCAUAGCCCUCUGUUUUGCGUGUUCACAUCUAGGGUUGGUGUCCUGAUUUUUGUUGAGAUAGAUGGGUAUGGUGAAGUUUUAGGGCUACAUGGUCCUCCAAUUGGAAGUUUUUCAGAGGCACACUCAAAACAGAGUGAGGAAAUGACCAAAGAAAUCCACAACAGAGUAACUACUUUCUCCGUUAAAAUAUUACGAUAACCAUUGUACUGUCUUAGUUUAAUGUGGUUUCAAUGUAUUAUGAUCCUCUUCUUCAUAACAAGUAUAAAAAAUGGCUAAUAGUAUGCUAACAUCUCAGUAGCUAGCCAGCUAAAUUUCCUGUUCUCCCUUAAAUAGUCCAGCAGUGCUGAUGCCUGAAGUGCCAGAACGUAACUGCUGCUCAUUUUUAAGGUGGAACAAGAAAAUUCUAACAAGAGGUUGACACUCGAAAACCAGGGGUGGGGGUAAAAAUAAAUGAGAUUGGGCCUUAGUGUCUGCAUAUUUUAAAUUUAAAACUUAUUUCGUAUGUGUGGAUAGAUCAAAUAUAGUUUUGUAAUCAAGCUAACAUUAGCAUGGCAGCAAAUUCAUGCUCUUUCCAUUCUGCCUACUUUCAGUUACCUACAAGAACACAGUCCAUCUCUGUAGUUUAGCAUUAAACUCAGCAUUAGCGACUCUAAACAGACGUUGUGGGGGCCAUAGCAACAGUUGUUACUAAAGAAGAAGUGUGUGGGCUAUGAACAGCGCAAUUCAUUUCACACUCAUUCCAUUACAUGCAAAAUCUCGAUUUCAAAAAAAGAAUGUGAUUUUAACUGUUGGAAUCACAUUUCACAUGUAUGUAAUCCACAUUGUAGUGUUUUGUGAAAUUCCAGCUUAAAGGGCCAAUAAUUAUGGAUAAAACAUAUUUGAUGUAGUAUAUAAAUAUUGUCAAAGUUUCAAAACA